AUGACCGAUUCUGGUUCUGACACCGAAUCAGAAGGAAGCAACCGAACCAUCCGACAUACCUCUACAAAUAACCCUUCUCCUCACAUCCCACCCAAAGCUUCUUACUGGUCUUGCGAAACAUGUUGGACCAAAAGACCUGAUUCACAAGAUACAUUCUGCUAUUAUUGUCAACGUGACACAACCACCAUAAGACGAUGGGAGAAAGGAAAGAAACCAGCAGAAUGGUCACCCGUGAUGGAAGAUUGGAUCGAAGGUGAAGACGUUUAUACAGAUUGGGAAUGUUGCGAUUGCGCCGAACAAAAAUUAUUCCUUGGAGGUGAUACUUUAGACGUUUUAAUGUUUGACGGUUGGUGUGCGAAUUGUAAUCGAUGUACCGAUACAAGAUAUAAAGAUCGUCGUGAAGCUUUUUGUUGUCAACAAUGUCGUUUGGAAAGAGAACCGACAACUACGAAAUUGGAUAAUGACGGGAGACCUGUUGGAUCUUUUUUCGAAGCUUAUUGCGAUUUUUGUGAUAGUAUCACACCGACGGGGAAAAUCGAUAUUACCAAUAUGGUUUAUUAUUGUUGUUUGGUUUGUAGGGAUCAUAGGGAUGGUGAUGAUUUACCGGAUGAUGAGGAUGAUUUUACUUAUUGUAGAUGGUGUGAUGAAGAUACACAGACGAUUGAGAUUGACGAGGAGCCGGAAGAGGAUGAACCGGAGGAGGGUCAAAGGGGGUAG